AUGCCAAAUUACAAAAUCCAGGAUUCCUUGCAGGAGCCCACGAGAGGGAUAAAGAACGUCGACCCACACGGCUCCCCCCUGAAACGAAUCCGGAUGGUCGUUCACGACCUCGGAGGGCGCUCACCACGAGACUUCCAUCCUGGGCCUGCUCCUGUUUGGACAGGGGAUUCCCUCCAAGCACGGCCCCAGGAGGAGGGGCCGCGAUCGGGAGCACGUGGGGACGGCGACCCCCUCCCGAGGCAGAGCAACCGCGUCUCCAGGGAACCCCCCCCCCUCCGCUUGUUACUCCCAGGCCCACCCGCUGAAAGCCAGGUGGUCGCGCAGCUAGCAGCCCCGGCGGCCUCUCCGCCUCCGCGGGCGGCAGGGGGCAGGACUUCCCAGCGGCUCCGCUGGCGCAGACCGGAAUGCGGCAGCGGCGGCGGCGGCGCUCCCCACCCGGCCGACUCUUCCCGCCAGGGCACCGCGGUGCUCGCCCAAGUCCUCCCACCAGGCCCCCCCGGCGCGUCCCCGGCGGCCACCAUGCGCUGCUGCCUCCUCCGCGCGGCUCUCCGGCUGCUCCAGGAAGGUCAGACCUGCCACCGGCCGCUGGCGCGCCCGCCCGCCGGGGUCAGGAGGGAGCCCCCUGCAGGGACGCGCCUCGCCUGGGAGACGACGAGCCGCGCGCCCCAAAGGCGCGGGAGCGGCUCGCCCUUGAUGCGCAGCCGCGCGCGGGGAGGGAUUGGAACAUACCCUCGUCCUCACGAACUCCUGGAUGUCUCUGAGCUUCCCCAGAGCUGGGAUUGGCGCAACGUAGAUGGAGUCAAUUACGUGAGCGCCACACGCAACCAGCACAUUCCUCAGUACUGUGGAUCCUGUUGGGCUCACGGCAGCACCAGCGCCCUUGCAGACCGCAUCAACAUUAAGAGGAAAGCCACCUGGCCCUCUGCCUACCUCUCUGUCCAGCAUGUGAUUGACUGUGCCGACUCAGGGACCUGCCACGGAGGAGACCACACAUGGGUUUGGGAGUACGCGCAUACCCACGGCAUCCCGGACGAGACCUGCAACAAUUACCAAGCCAAAGACCAAAAAUGCAAGAAGUUUAACCAGUGUGGGACAUGUGUUACUUUCGACAAAUGUCAUGUGAUUCGGAACUACACCCUCUGGAAAGUCGCCGAUUACGGGACAAUCAGCGGGAGACAAAAAAUGAAGGCGGAAAUCUAUGCCAACGGUCCCAUCAGCUGUGGAAUCAUGGCUACUCCCAAACUGGACAAAUACACCGGUGGACUUUAUGAAGAAUACAGGCUCCUGCCCAUAAUCAACCACAUUGUCUCCGUCGCCGGCUGGGGCGUUGAAAAUGGAACAGAGUAUUGGAUUGUCCGCAACUCUUGGGGAGAACCCUGGGGCGAGCGUGGGUGGCUUCGAAUCGUGACCAGCGCCUACAAAGGAGGAAGCGGCGGGCACUACAACCUAGCCGUGGAGUGGAACUGCGCUUACGGAGACCCAGUACUCUCUUAAGCCUGCCUUAGGGGCACUAUUUGUUCUUCUGACUAGAGACAAAAAGGAAGUCCAAGCAAGAUCAUAGAUGGUUCUUCAUUGGAAAGGGAAGGCCCAGCGGCUUAUGAAAGACUGGUGGCAGCCGGAGAGAUGGCAGCCGUAGCAGCUUCAAAUUCAGACCUGUAACCUGUCAAAUCCCAAAUGAGGGACGGGGACUGAUAACCUGGGGAGAGAGAGAUGGAAUAUGCCCCUUUCCUCUUUGCUUUUCAGUUUGAAAAUCUUCAGCUGCUAUGACAGGUGGUUUUUUCCCUUUUUCUUUUGAGCAUAUAAAUCACAAGGGUGAGUCAGGGCCUUAAGAACAUAAGAGAAGCCAUGUUGGAUCAGGCCAGUGGCCCAUCCAGUCCAACACUGU